AUGGGUCGACGUUCUCGUCCCACACGCCCUACCAAACAGCCCUCUGAAGGGGGUAGUGACAGUUCAGGAGAGUCAUUUCGACUCAGCUCAGGGGAGAGCGAGACAGACAGCAGCUCGGUGUUAACAGAUGUGACUGUACCGGACUCGCCUAAACCAGCUGCUGUUAAUGGUGGUCGGUCUCUGCCUCGUGCUCAAAAUAAAGCCCGUCCCUCGCAGGCUCAGGUCGAUCUGCCAGAUUUCAGCGAUGAUCCAGAUGAUGAUACAGAUGAAGACUUGGCUGAUGGGGAACAUAUCGAGAAGCGUUGGCACAAAUACUGCCGUGUUAAAGCAGCAGAGCCGAAUUCCCCCCAGAAAUGGAACGACCCGAGCGAUGCUCUUCGCCAGAUUACCCCUAACGACGUCCAUCAGUUCUUCAAUUAUUGUGGCAAGCUCCAAUGGGGGAUUAAUGGUCGACGUUUGAAGGGUCUUAAGAAAGCAAGCGCGCUCUAUACAGAAUGGAAGAGUUUCCAGGGCUACUACCACCGUAUUACCAGGCAGAGUAUCAGCAAUGAUUAUUGCGAAGAGAUCAAUGCUGGCCUUCAAAGGCUCAUUGACAAAUGGGAGCUGGAUACAGAUGAAAAAGAAAAGACUCCAGUCUAUGUUCAAGACUUGACGGAGUUCAACAAGACAACUCUGCGUUCUCAAGAGAAGCGAUUUCAUGUGGGCUUUAAGCGCAUCCAAAUAUGCCUUUUCACUAUGCUGGGAAUAUACACAGUAAAUUGCCUACAGGCGCUUCUGUUGCUACAGUUCAAGCACCUACAGUUUUCUAUCCAGCAAGAUCCCCUUGGAGGUCCUCCAAUUCCUCUAGUAGAGAUCCGGUCAAAACAUGUGAAGAAGUUUUUAGGCAUCUCUCAACACAACAACUUUCCGUUACCCGAGAUCAUCGAUGAUCCUUUGUUGAUAUUCAGUCCGCACGUCUUUCUAUUUGGGAUUCUCUUUUGGCUCGACGCUUUUGAGGCCCCAAAUUUAAAGUCAAUGGAAGACCUCAGAAGGCUCCUGGUCAAGGAUGGUCGACAGCAAUUGGAAUUGCCGCUGAAAUCCAAUAUCGCUGAGCAUUAUAUCUUUUGCGCGGUGAGCGAAGCUAAACAGAAUCUGAUCAUGAAACACGCUAAUAUUCGCACGUUUUUGAAUCACUAUCUGCCCCGUCACAUCGACGCGGAUAUGCAGAAUAUCAUGAAUGGCCGAGAUUCAAACACAACCCUCAUGCGCGCAAUCACACGGAUCAGUUGGGCAUCCAUUCGCGAGCAUCCUGAAUACCUUGCUGCUGUCAGCCAGUGGGACCAGCAGGAGAUAGCAUAUCAGAAGAACCCCAGCAGCCAGAUGCUACGUAAAGUCCUGAGCACGUACAACAGACUGUAUCAGGCGCUCAGGAAAAAGACUCGAGAGGAAUUUGAUAGGAAGCAGGCCGUCAUAGACAUCAAGCGUCAACUCUCUGGGACAGCUCUCAAUGACAAGGAAGCCAAGGAAGUUCUCCAGACCAAGGAUAAGAUGCCACCUGAAAGGAUUCACCUGAUUAAAAAGCUCUUUUCAUGGCCGACAUCUCCAUCGCUCGAAGGAGAAUGGGGGCGUCGGAAUGCGGCCACAAUGGCAGUCUCACAAUAUUAUCCCAUUCGCGAAGGAGGUCCCUUACGGGGGCGCCCCAAACGUAAGGCACCAAGUGAUGCGUUCAACAAUGAACAGCGGCCUAGCGGUAAGCGUAACUCUAAUGAAUGCAGCCAGCUGAAGCUUCUUUUUCAGAAGGCCGAGGAGCAUAUUCAGACAGUGAAAAAGCUGCGAAGGUGCUUUCAAUGUUUUGGGAACAGCAGCCUUCCUGACAACCAUCACACUCAGGAGUGGACACAAUACAAAUUGACUCUCCAGCAUUUCCGAAGCAAACAUCUUGACAACCGCAAAUGCAACUUCUGUGGAGAUACUUCUGAGGACUUCCUCCAUGAGAUGCAUUUACAAAAUCAUGCGGCUACUGUCCACCGCUUGAUAACCUAA